GCGCUCAUUUGAGGAUGUAGGCACCGGUCUGAACGAACAUGGGGCUGUAUCAGAGGUGGCGACAGCUCCGGCUCCCAGGGUUACAAGCCUGCGGGCUGCACACGGCGCGUGAGGCAGCUGUGCCCACCCCUCCACACUGGUUGGUAGAGCGGCUUGGCCUUUUUGAGGAGCUAUGGGCUGCUCAGGUCAAGAGGUUGGCAAGCCUGGCACAGAAGGAACGCCGGACUAUUAAGAUAGCACUUUCCGGAGGCCAGAAAGUGGAGGCUGUGGCAUGGAACACAACUCCUUACCAACUAGCCCAGCAGAUCAGUUCAACCCUGGCAAAUACUGCAGUGGCUGCUGAAGUGAAUGGAGAACCUUAUGAUCUGGAGCGGCCUUUGGAGACAGAUGCUGACCUCAGAUUUCUGACAUUUGAUUCUGCAGAGGGGAAAGCAGUGUUCUGGCACUCCAGCAGCCACGUCCUGGGGGCAGCAGCUGAGCAGCUCCUAGGUGCUAUCCUCUGCCGAGGUCCCAGCACAGAAUGUGGCUUCUACCAUGAUUUCUUCCUGGGAAAGGAACGGACUGUCCGGGGCUCAGAGCUGCCUGUUUUGGAGCGAAUUUGCCAGGAACUUGCAGCUGCUGCUCAGCCGUUCCGGAGGCUAGAGGCCUCCCGGGAUCAGCUUCGCCGGCUCUUCAAGGAUAACCCCUUUAAGCUUCGUCUGAUUGAGGACAAAGUGACAGGUCCAACAGCAACAGUGUAUGGGUGUGGCAUGUUGGUUGAUCUUUGCCGGGGCCCCCACCUUCGGCAUACUGGACAGAUUGGAGGACUGAAGCUGCUCACGAACUCGUCAUCCUUAUGGAAGUCUUCAGGUGCCCCAGAGACUCUGCAGAGAGUAUCAGGGAUCUCCUUCCCUACAGCAGAGGGGCUGAGGGCCUGGGAAGAAUGGAGGAAGGAAGCAGAGCUACGGGACCACCGGCGCAUUGGGAAGGAACAGGAGCUCUUCUUCUUCCAUGAACUGAGUCCUGGGAGCUGCUUCUUCCUGCCUCGGGGAACAAGAGUGUAUAAUGCCCUGGUGUCUUUUAUCAGGGCCGAGUACACCCACCGUGGUUUCUCAGAAGUAAAAACGCCCACACUGUUUUCUACAAAACUCUGGGAACUGUCAGGGCACUGGGAGCAUUAUCAGGAAGACAUGUUUGCCCUGCAGUCCCCAGGCUCUGACAAGCCCACCAGCUCCCAGAGUGACCACUCUACCAGCCAUCCCACAGACACACUCGCCCUCAAGCCCAUGAACUGCCCUGCACACUGGGCCGAGGCCUCUGGCAGUCUGGGAGGGCUGACCCGCCUACGCUGCUUCCAGCAGGACGACGCUCACAUCUUCUGUGCACCGGACCAGCUAGAAGCAGAGAUCCGAGGCUGCCUUGAUUUCCUCCGCUCUGUCUAUGCUGUCCUUGGAUUCUCCUUCCGCUUAGCACUGUCUACCCGGCCGUCUGGCUUCCUGGGAGAGCCUUGUCUUUGGGACCAAGCUGAGCAGGUCCUUCACCAGGCCCUGGAAGAAUUUGGAGAACCCUGGGAUUUCAACCCUGGAGAUGGUGCCUUCUAUGGGCCUAAGAUUGACGUGCACCUCCAUGAUGCCCUAGGUCGGCUCCAUCAGUGUGGGACAAUCCAGCUUGACUUCCAGCUGCCCCUGAGAUUUGACCUGCAGUACAAGGGGCAGGCCGGGGCCGUGGAGCGUCCAGUCCUCAUUCACCGAGCGGUCCUGGGUUCUGUGGAAAGGAUGUUGGGAGUGCUGGCAGAGAGCUGUGGGGGAAAAUGGCCGCUGUGGCUGUCCCCAUUCCAGGUGAUGGUCAUCCCUGUGGGGACUGAGCAGGAGGACUAUGCCAGGGAGGCACAGCAGAGCCUGCGGGCUGGAGGACUGGUCGGUGACCUGGACGCUGACUCCAAACUGACCCUUAGCCGGAGAGUCCGCCGGGCUCAGCUCGCCAACUACAAUUUUCAGUUUGUGGUUGGCCAGAAAGAACAGAGCAGGAGGACAGUGAACGUUCGGACUCGAGAUAAUCGUCGACUUGGAGAACGGGACUUGACAGAGGCUGUGGGGCGGCUGCAGGAGCUGCAGAACUCCAGGGUCCCAAAUGCUGAAGAAAUUUUCUGAGCUUUGUAUAUUGAUGUGACAGAGACCUGCAGGAGCCAUCAGCCUGUCUGAACAUGGGAGAGGCCAACCUAACUGAGAGUCUGGAAUACCCAGACCCUUUAGAACUUGUACGGAGGCCUGAACUACUCUCCUGAAGAGAGAUUUGGUCUAGGGGAAGCUACAGCUGUUUGCAUGUGAGGAGAGUGAAACUAAAAAUAAUAAACUUGAAGCCACUGGGGUUGUGUCUUCAUCUCUGACUCCUGAUGGGGAUAAAAAAGGUUUUGACUCUGUCUCCCUCUUUUGUCCCAGGGUAUAGGGGAAAUUGAAAAGGGACAACCCAGGCCUGGCUGGUGUGG